GCUGCAUUUCACCAGGAUGCCCAGGAGAUGUGUCUCACUUCUGCUGCUGCUACAGCUCAGUUGCUGCUUCAGCUCUGGGAGUUGUGGGAAGGUGCUGGUGUGGUCCAUGGAAUUCAGCCACUGGAUGAAUAUGAAGACAAUCCUGGAUGCACUUGUGCAGCGAGGCCAUGCAGUAACUGUUCUGAGAUCUUCUGCUUCUAUUUUAAUUGAUAGCAACGAUGAACCGGGAAUUCACUAUGAAACUUUCCACACAUCUUACACUAAAGAUGAAGUCCAAGGUAUUCUCUUAAAUGGGAUUAAUACACUUAUAAAUGAUGUGUCAAGAGAUGCAUAUUGGGAAUAUUUCCCACUACUGCAAACAUUAUUCUUUGAAUAUUCUGAUGCUUAUGAAAAUAUCUGCAGAGACUUGGUUUUGAACAAGAAAAUCAUGACGAAGCUUCAGGAAUCAAGGUUUGAUGUUGUUCUUGCAGACCCAUUUGCUCCCUGUGGUGAGCUGCUGGCUGAGCUACUGAACACACCCCUUGUGUACAGUCUCCGCUUCACUCUUGGCUACACCUAUGAGAAGUAUAGUGGAGGACUUCUGUUUCCUCCUUCCUAUGUGCCUGUUAUUAUGUCAGAUUUAAGUGGACAAAUGACAUUCAUGGAGAGGGUACAAAACAUGCUAUGGAUGCUUUAUUUUGACUUUUGGUUCCAAAUGUUUAAUGUGAAGAGGUGGGAUCAGUUUUGCAGUGAAGUUCUAGGUAAACCUGUUACAUUCUCUGAGCUAGUGGGGAGAGCUGAAAUAUGGCUCAUUCGAAGCUAUUGGGAUUUGGAGUUUCCUCGCCCACUCCUGCCAAAUGUUGAAUUUGUUGGAGGGCUCCACUGCAAACCUGCCCAACCUCUGCCCAAGGAGAUGGAAGCCUUUGUGCAGAGCUCUGGGGAAGAGGGAGUGGUGGUGUUUUCCCUGGGGUCCAUGGUCAGCAACAUGACAGAGGAAAGGGCCAAUGUGAUUGCAUCAGCCCUGGCCCAGCUGCCACAAAAGGUUCUUUGGAGAUUUGAUGGCAAGAAACCUGAUGCCUUAGGACCUAAUACCAGGCUCUAUCAGUGGAUCCCUCAGAAUGACCUUCUUGGUCAUCCAAAAACCAAAGCUUUUGUAACUCAUGGUGGAGCCAAUGGCAUCUAUGAGGCCAUCCACCAUGGCAUCCCUAUGGUGGGCCUUCCUUUGUUUGGGGAGCAACAUGAUAACCUUGCCCACAUGAGGGCCAAGGGAGCAGCUGUUAGAUUGGACUGGAAAACAAUGUCAAGUUCAGAUUUGAUCGAUGCCUUGAAGACAGUCAUUAAUGAUCCUUCCUAUAAAGAGAAUGUCAUGAAGUUAUCAAGAAUUCACCACGAUCAGCCCAUGAAGCCCCUGGACCGAGCAGUCUUCUGGAUCGAGUUUGUCAUGCGCCACAAAGGAGCCAAACACCUUCGGGUGGCAGCCCAUGACCUCACCUGGUACCAGUACCAUUCGUUGGACGUGAUUGGGUUCCUGCUGGCUUGUGUGACAAUCACUACCUACGUUGCUAUAAAAUUUUGGUUGCUUGUUUAUCAACAGCUUUUUAUGACAGGAAAGAAGAAAAAGCAAGAUUAG